AUGCAGAAAGCCACCUACUACGACAACGCCACGGCUGCGCUCUUCGGAGGCUACUCCUCGUACCCUGGCAGCAAUGGCUUUGGCUACGACGGCACCCCCCAACCCCCCUUUCAGGCCGCCACGCACCUGGAGGGCGACUACCAGCGUUCAGCGUGCUCGCUGCAGUCCCUGGGCAACGCCGCCCCGCAUGCCAAGAGCAAGGAGCUCAACGGCAGCUGCAUGAGGCCCGGCCUGGCCCCCGAGCCCCUGCCCGCCCCGCCCGGCUCGCCCCCGCCCAGCGCCGCACCUACCAGUUCCACUAGCAACAGCAAUAACGGGGGCGGACCCAGCAAAAGCGGCCCCCCCAAGUGCGGGCCCGGCUCCAACUCCACCCUCACCAAACAGAUAUUCCCCUGGAUGAAAGAGUCGAGGCAAACAUCCAAGCUGAAAAACAGCUCCCCCGGCACAGCAGAGGGCUGCGGCGGCGGCGGCGGCGGAGGAGGAGGCGGCGGCGGCGGCGGGGGAGGGGACAAGAGCCCCCCGGGGUCGGCAGCGUCCAAGCGGGCGCGGACGGCUUACACGAGCGCGCAGCUGGUGGAGCUGGAGAAGGAGUUCCACUUCAACCGCUACCUGUGCCGGCCGCGCCGCGUGGAGAUGGCCAACCUGCUGAACCUCAGCGAGCGGCAGAUCAAGAUCUGGUUCCAGAACCGGCGCAUGAAGUACAAGAAAGACCAGAAGGCCAAGGGGCUGGCCUCGUCGUCUGGAGGCCCCUCUCCCGCCGGCAGUCCCCCGCAGCCCAUGCAGUCCACGGCCGGCUUCAUGAACGCCUUACACUCCAUGACCCCCAGCUACGAGAGCCCGUCCCCGCCCGCCUUUGGCAAAAGCCACCAGAAUGCCUAUGCGCUGCCCUCCAACUACCAGCCCCCUCUCAAAGGCUGCGGUGCUCCGCAGAAGUACCCCCCGACCCCGGCGCCCGAUUACGAGCCCCACGUUCUCCAAGCCAACGGGGGCGCCUACGGGACGCCCACCAUGCAGGGCAGCCCGGUGUACGUGGGCGGGGGCGGCUACGCGGAUCCACUGCCGCCCCCUGCCGGCCCCUCCCUCUAUGGCCUCAACCACCUCUCCCACCACCCCUCGGGGAACCUGGACUACAACGGGGCGCCCCCUAUGGCCCCCAGCCAGCACCACGGACCCUGCGACCCACACCCCACCUACACAGACCUCUCCUCUCACCACGCGCCUCCUCCUCAGGGUAGAAUCCAAGAAGCGCCCAAAUUAACACACCUGUGA